CUCGCCUGCGCUGCUGAGGCUCGUUUCGGCCAGGAGCAGAUUCCUGUGGCUGCCGUCUCUGCCCUCACCAGCUUCGGCCAGCCUGGAGACUCCGGAUCCCUCUCUGGCGCCGUCCCAGGUGUUCUUUUGGCUGCUGCCAACCCUUGCGACAAGCUCACCCUGGCUGAUAAGAUCGUGGCCACCCUCGGCACUGACCCAGCCGUCAUCAGCGCUGCCGCAGGUGUCGUGGCUGCCGAGCAAAACUUCAACCCCUUCGUGGUCAACAUCCCCUCCAUCUGCGGCGAUGCCACCCUCCCCACCACCGCCGCCCUCCGCGGCAUCGUCCCGCUCGUCGACCCGGCUGUGGGCGGAUCCAACACCGAGAACGCCAACUCGGCGACCUCACUGAAGACGCCCUUCACCAACACCGACCUGUCUGUUGCUGGUGUCAUGUCUGCCCAAGGCUUCAGCAACUUC